UCGUUAAAUAGACUUAUCAAUUAAAUAGCGAAUAGCUCCGGAAUAGGUGGUGAUUGAAUACGGUGCCAAAAUGGCGGCUAAACUAAUUUUCGUGGUUGGUCUUCUAGUGGUUUCUUUAGUCGCUGUUUUGGGGGCACCAAAGCCGCUCAAGGAGGAAGAUCUUCAGAAAAGCGUCAUAGAAUUUCUCAAGCAAGAUAAGCAAUUUAUAACAGAAUUUGAGAAGAUGAAGUUAUUAGGGAACGGCGAAGGCUUGCCACUAAGAAACAGGCGGCAGACUGAAAUGGAUGACAAUAUUCCUGACAGUGCCGAGGAUGAAAAACCCGGGUUUUUUGACCGAGCGGCGAAGUUCAUAGUCGACCUUUUGCAGAGAUUUCUCAAAUGGAUUAAUACGGACUCUAAUUAGCGAGGGGGUUAAAAAUGUGGCUGCCUGGAUAUUCGGAUAGACAGCAAUUAGCAUAAUUAUCUACUUAGUUUUGUUUAUAUACCUUUUAGGAUUUAUAUUACUGUAAUUGCUAGUUACUUCCGAUAAAACUUCUAUUGGAAGGAAAUGAAAGAAGCCUUACCUGAUUUUAUAUGAAUUUUUUUAUCAAUAAAACAUUAAUUGUAAAAUUAAAUUUAAAUAGAAAAUAAAGGAUAUC